UCAAUUUCUUUGCAGAAUUCCAGUUGUUCUGCCGUAGCCUGUAGCAGAUAGUUUUAAACAUGAAAGAAUGUUUUUCCAUACACGUCGGCCAAGCUGGCAUCCAGAUGGGAAACGCUUGCUGGGAACUGUACUGUCUGGAACAUGGAAUAGAAGCCGAUGGUUCCAUGAGACAAACGGAGUUCCCGACUGGAAGAAAGGGUGGUUGUGAUGACUGGAUGAUGAGAGACGCUUCAUUUGGCACAUUUUUCUCGGAAACUCCGACAGGAAAACAUGUUCCGAGGUCCAUUUUUGUGGACUUGGAGCAGACUGUUAUUGACGAAAUCAAAGUGGGCAAGUACAGAGGUCUGUUCCAUCCAGAUCAGCUGGUGUCUGGCAGAGAGGAUGCGGCAAACAACUACGCCAGAGGCCACUACACUGUCGGUAAAGAGAUCAUCGACGUAGUGCUUGAGCGAACCCGUAGACAGGCUGAAAAAGCGUCCGGUCUCCAGGGCUUUCUCUUAUUCCACUCUUUUGGUGGUGGAACCGGAUCAGGGUUCACUUCGCUUCUCAUGGAGCAGUUGUCGUGUUUUUAUGGGAAGAAAGCUAAAUUAGAGUUUUCUAUCUACCCUGCCCCCCGCAUCUCGACGGCAGUGGUGGAACCGUACAACUCCGUUCUCGCCACCCACUCUACAUUAGAACACUCGGACUGCUCAUUCAUGGUGGAUAAUGAGGCAAUUUACGACAUAUGCUUGAAAAACCUCAACAUAUGCAGACCAACCUACAAGAACUUGAACCGACUGGUAGGUCAAGUUGUGUCCUCCAUCACAGCUUCAUUGCGAUUCGGAGGGGCACUGAAUGUAGAUCUCACCGAGUUUCAAACUAACCUGGUCCCGUUCCCGAGAAUUCAUUUCCCGGUGGCAGCUUAUGCUCCAGUGGUUUCUGCCGAGCGUCUAGGUCACGAGAACAGUUCGGUUAGCGACAUCACUAGUGCGCUUUUCGAGACGGCCAAUCAAAUGGUUCGAUGCGACCCGAAAAGUGGACGAUACAUGGCAUGCUGCAUGUUGUUCCGAGGAGAUGUGAUCCCGAAAGACGUGAACGCCGCAAUUGCUUCGAUCAGAACAAAAAGAUCAGUCACGUUUGUAGACUGGUGUCCCACUGGAUUCAAAGUUGGGAUAAACUGCCAGCGGCCGACAACUGUUCCCGGUGGAGACCUGGCAGACCUUCCGCGUGCCGCUGCUAUGCUCAGCAAUACCACAGCGAUAGGCGAGGCGUGGACACGAAUCGACCAGAAGUUUGAUUUGAUGUAUGCCAAGCGGGCGUUCGUCCACUGGUACGUGGGAGAAGGGAUGGAGGAGGGGGAGUUCGCAGAAGCCAGGGACAAUUUGGCUGCCUUAGAACGCGACUAUGAGGAAGCUGGAACUGACUAUGCGAGUGAAGAGGAGCAGGAUCAGGACCAGGACGUAAAUCAGAACGAGUACAGCUACUAAUCAGGCAAAACCAAGUGAAAAAACUAACCAGCGCGCUUUUUCUAACAUCCAAUUUUGGAACAGUAAUCUAAAUUAUUUAUGUAUGUGAUUUUACUAUAACAGUUUGUAAAAUCUCAGCUUACAUGCUUAGCAGAUAAAUAUCAUUUAAAAACAUUGUGUUAAUGAAGUGAAGACACCUAUUUAUGUCUUG